AUGGACGCCCAGAAACAGCUUCAAGCACUCUCCGAAGAGUUCCAGGGAGUGCAGACCGAGCUCGAGGGUUUGGUUGACGCCCGCCAGAAACUCGAAUCGCAGCAACAGGAGAACGAAGGCGUGCGGGCCGAAUUCGCUCAGCUGGACGAUGAUUCCAACAUUUAUAAGCUUGUCGGUCCCGUGUUGCUGAAGCAGGAGAAGACCGAAGCUACCAUGGCCGUCAAAGGUCGGCUGGAGUUCAUUGAGAAGGAGAUCAAGCGCAUCGAAGACGAGAUUGAUUCUACACAAGAAAAGAGCGAGAAGAUGCGUUCUCAGCUCAUCCAACUCCAAAGCCAGGCUCAGCAGCAGGCAGCUGCAGCUACCGCCUCUGCAUAA